AUGCAUUUGAAAGCUCAUCUGACAAACACCGUUAAGACUCUCCAAAGUAGUCUUAUGGAAGAGAUGAAGGGACUUAAAGUCGAAGUCCUCACGAACCAAGCUUCCAAUGAGAAACGCCUGAACGAUUUCACGGAAACCUUGCACAUUUACGCGAGAGAGAACCGAGACCUUGCCAGACUCAUCUACCGUUUCUUCGAAGAGAUAGAUGCCAUCUGGAAGGUACUCGGAAAGGACAGAACCUCCAACACCGUAAUUCGUGAGUACCAAAUUGAAGAAGGUAUUAUCAAAGAAGAGGAAGAAGAGGAAGAAGAGGAAGAAGAGGAAGAAGAGAAACACGAAGAAGAGGAAGUUUGGGCAACCCUUGUUGCCGAUGACACUUACGAAAUUUCCCAACCCUACCCAUACAAAAUCCGCAACAGGGAGACCGGCAAGGUUCUAACCCCAGUCCUCAACAACUUGGGACACUUGAACCUUAA